AGCUUUAUUUCAAGCUAAUGUGUUUAUCUUGUAGCAUUUGAUUUAUGUUACAGUCAGAAAGUAUAUUCAGAAUAUUGGAUUUGACAGUUACGUAGAACUUGCGUUCUAGUUCAUCGAUAUAAAAGCUUAGAAACAUCUAGCUAAACAAAGCAUGUUUGUUACAUUUCAUAUGGAAUACAGACUAAGGGAGUAAAACAUAUUUAAUGACUGACCAUUUCAGUAUUGUUUUCGUUUUGGACUUAUUUAAAACAGCAAUUUAAAACGCUAUUAUUGCUAGGUUAGGUGUUUAGGUUUUUGAAAUAAUUGUUUCAUCAAUUGAAUGAAGUUUUACAAAUGAAACUUAUUGGUGUGCGACUAUGCAAUUAAUCUUUAAUUACCAUAAUAAAUAUCAUUUUAUAAAAGGCUGUUAUUGUGUAAAUCUUGUUGGAAACAGAGAAAAGGUUGGAAAGUAGUUAUUUAGACAAACAAAUUCUCAUUAACUACCUUUUAAGCAUCACUCAGUGUGGUUCAUUUGUGUGUAAAAAAGGAAAAAUGGCAUAAAAAUAAAUAUAAAAGUGUUCGACUCUAUUUCGAUCUGACCAUACUAUCCUUCAUAAUAUGAUAAAACGUUAAUUAGGAAAUACAAUAUAAGACGUCAGGCCGAGCAAUGCGAUCCAACUCGAAAACGACAGGCCUUAAUGCAGAUGUGGACCCCUUCUUAUCCACAGACAAGUUCGUCGAUACGAGUAUCGAAUACCAAAGCGAAGAGACUUCCAGCUAAGCCAAGCCAGUUGAAUUUUGUGGUUCAUACCAACUAUAGGAUACAAAAUGUUUUAAUGAUUGAUCAAUUCAGUAUUUGUUUCACCUUUUAAGUAAAUUCAAUACGCAAAUAUAAAACACUAACAUAGCUACUGGUGACGAAAAGUGCUGUUUAAGUAUUAAGGUUUUUGAAAUAAUUGUUCGAAUGAAAGUGAAAGAUGAACUCAUCGGUGAUCGACUAUGCGGUUAAUUCUUAACUAUAAUAAUAUCUAUCAAUUUAAAAUAGGCUGUAAUAGUGUGAAUAUUCAAUUGAAAAAGAGAUAUUAUUGAUAAAGAAGAUAAAGACGAGAACAUUGGAAAAUAGUUAUUUAGCGCCAAACAUAUCCUUACAUACUCGAGAUUUAGCAGUACUCAACACAUAUUACAGUAAACUAUGAAAGUGUUGCACUCUAUGCCGAUCAGGACAUGCUAGCUGUUAUGAUCUUAUAAAGUGUGGUACAGGAAAUACAUUCUAAGAUGGCGUCAGGCCGGUCAAUGCGGUCCGACUCAAAAACGACAGGCCUGAAUGCUGGUGUGGACAACUUCCAAUCCACAGACAAGUCGCAGCCUAAAGAUCGGUCCGUCCGUCUGCGUGUCAUGCCCGAACAGAGCAACGACUACAGGGUGGUCGUUUUUGGCGCCGGCGGGGUCGGCAAGAGUUCCCUCGUGCUCCGUUUCGUCAGGGGCACCUUCCGGGAAUCGUACAUCCCCACGAUAGAGGACACUUACCGACAAGUGAUCAGUUGUAAUAAACAAGUUUGUACGUUGCAAAUUACAGAUACAACCGGAAGUCAUCAGUUUCCCGCCAUGCAACGGUUGUCAAUCUCAAAAGGCCACGCCUUCAUUUUGGUUUACUCAAUAACAAGCAGACAGUCCUUAGAGGAGUUGAAACCAAUCUUUGAAGAGAUUAAUGAAAUUAAAGGGCCGGAUAUGGAAGGGAUUCCUACCAUGUUGGUGGGUAAUAAAUGUGACGAGCUUUGUCGAGAGGUUACCACUGCAGAGGGCGCUGCACUAUCAAAGCAAUGGAAGUGUGCGCAUCUUGAGACUUCCGCUAAAACGAACUAUAACGUAAAAGAGUUGUUCCAAGAACUGCUACAAUUAGAAAAGCGUCGGACAAUGAGUUUACAGUUGGAAACAAAAAAGACUCGCUCACAAAAGCGGAAGGAGAAACUGAAGGGAAAGUGUUCAAUAAUGUGAGAUUCGUGGGUUGUUAUUGGACGUUAAUGUAAGGCGUUACAGUGAUAUUUUAUCAUAUUUUGGGCACAAAAGUGCUCGUCUGCACCGAUUCCGAUACUCUUUCAACUCGCGGAGUUUUCUCUAUGGUCCUUUACAAUAACCGGAUGUUCGGUGACCACAAGCCGCCAUUUUGGUUUCGGAUAGACUGUUUCGGAUAAUGACCUCUUAAGCCGCCAUUCGGUUUCGGAUACACUUUUUCGGAUAUUCUUGCAAUAAUUGUUGAUGCAAGUUUUUCAAAGGCCGUCCCAUACAUUAGUUUGAAUCUCGGAUUGCAGUUGUGGACCUGCUAAUUUGGACGUGUAGUUAUUAUACUAAUGAAAUGUAUUCUUAGUACGAACCAAUUGUUGCUUUAGUUGAAAGCGAACAUUUUCUGUUGCUAGAGUCAUCAAAGUGCAUAUAUUUAUUGUUUUGAUUUAAUCGUGUACUUUCACUAGAAUUGUAUUAUAAAACAGUAAAAACAAGGCUUUUUAGGUUCUUUUAUUAGUACAUUGUCGAUCAAAGAGGGGUAACUCUUGCACCGUUUUAAGGCAUCCGGAACACCUCGGCCGUUUUAGGUAUAUCAGCAGAAGUAGUCCGUAAAAUUGUAAAUACUGUUAUUCAUUAAAUGCAGUGUUUUACGUGAAUUUAUAUAACCAAGUUAAAUUGAUUGCAACUGAAAUGUAUUAUUGCAUAUUAGAUAAUUAAGGUUCCCACGAGUAAAUUCAUUAAGUAUAACUGUUAAAUUGAAAUUACUACGCGAUCUUCUUGUUGCGUAGUCAAAUGUAAAACGUUCUAAAACUGUAAACCAUCCAUAUACAUCCGAAAUAGUUUUGAUGGAAAAUGGCCGAGUAUUUCCGAAUGGUUUAAAGGAUUUGACAACUGAACGCACAUUUCUCCGAUCUCCUACGCAGUAUUCCCCCUUAGACAAGUAUAUGAUGUAAUUCUCUUGACGAAGGCUUUUAAAUUUCUUAACUGGUGUCAGUAAUUUAAAAGUCUUGUCAUUGAACAAAUCUGUUAAUCAACAGAGGGAUUAUUAGUGUGAGGAAUCACGUGACUUGAAGGGGUUCUCACAUAGGUCAGCACGGGUCACAAACAAAACAGAAUGUAAACAAAAAAGUAAGUGACUAUUUCGUAAUAUCAUCUACACGUGUGACACAUUGCUUGUAUUGCUUAUAGUUUGAUGAUGCAAUCCUUGGCCAAAAUUUCAGCAAUGCAUCGUUCUACAAAAUUCUGUCAAGUUGAAAUUUUGGCCAAGGAUUGCAUCGUUAAAAUACAAACAAAUCUAAAGUAUUUCACACGUGUAGAAGAAGAAAAUAGAAUAGUCAUUUCUAGGCUAAGAAAUAUUUUCAUAUGUUUUCUGUCAAAAAAGUUGUUUUGGAAUUAACGUCGCUUACUUAUUUGUUUACAUCGGUUGUGGCCCGUUGUGACCCAUGUGAGAACCCCUUUAAGUCACGUGAUCCUUCAUCUUGAUUAUGUACCAGCUUGUUUUUUAUACUCCAUGAUUACUUUAAACAUUCGACCAUUUAAUUGACCACUGAAUGGACAGUUCGUUAAUAAAUAAUGUCACAUGGUUUUUAUAAUCCGAUGGAAUACGUUGACCACCUCCGACAAACAACCUCCAACGAGUGAAAAGCUGGAGCAUUUCCUCUCCUUUCUUUGUCUAAUACAUGUAUUAUUUUCCAAUCUCCUACGAAGUGAUCUCCCCUCACACUCAAAAUAGAUCUCUGCCACCAUGAGCUAGACUCGCUUGUUUUCAGUUCUUUAAAAUGUAUAAAUGUUUUUUCUCUUUCUUUUUCUGGAUAGUUUUAGUCAGAUUUCACUAAUUCAAUGUGCAUUGAAGUUAAAAUACAAAAUGAAUGGUUAAGAUUAAAUAUUAUUUACAAUCUUUAACGAUAUAGUAGAAAAGUAGCUAUGGUCACGUGAUUUGCAUGGUGGCAGUGAUUACUGUACUUUAAGGAAAGUAACACUGCGCGGAGUUUGUUUGUUAUUGUGCAGAGUGAAAAAAAAACGUUCAGCGACGUUUCUUGUUGUUGUUUUUUGUUGAUCGCGUUAAAGGGACUCGCUCAUGUUUAGCAACAUACGCUUUUUAUACCGAAAUACAGUUUGGCAAAUCAUUAGGGGUGUGAUAACUAAGAUACUGACAGCUGGAACCCUUCAGCAAAUGUUGAUAUUUGCCCAAAUAUCGUCUUUGAAGGCCACAAUUGUGAAUACUAACGGGAUUCAGUGAUUAGUUGUAAGGUGAUUAGUGAGUUGACAUUAUCACGUGAUGUUAUCAAUGUAUCAUUAAAAGGUCAAAAUAUCAAUCGACAGUUGUAUACAACCUUGUAGCCUAGUAGUUAAGACGGCGGUUUUCAACUUUUUUCUUGACUUGACCGGCGUGCUUGAGCAACCCACUAAAACUAAAAAAAAUGAUACUACAGUUGUAUUAUUUUCUGCAAUUUCAAUAUCGAAGAGUAAAAUAAUUAGGAUUUAAGUGUUUUCAGAUGAAUUACUAUGAAAAAAAGUGUCCAAAACAUAAGCGAGUCCCUUGAAAACUACAUAUGUAUAUUAAACUAUACUUAUGAACUUUUACUUUUCUAAGCCUUGCAUAAUGUUUUUGGCUUAUAGCAAAUAAUUGUUAUGUCUAUGUUUCUAUAUCUCGAAUAAAAUGAUGCUGAUAGAAUA